AUGCUGGAGCAGGAGUGGGGGCCACGGCCACAGGCUGGGGAACAGACCGAGGCGGCAAAGCAGCGGGACCGGGUGCUGAUGCUGGUGCUGUCACUGGGGCCUGGGCUGGAACUGCUGGUAAACAGACGGAGGCUGGGCAGCUGGCUGGUAGUUGGUUGGCUCCUGGUACGUAGGCUGUGCUGGAGGCACUGUCUGGCCGUAACUUGGCUGUGGCUGAACAGACUGAGCAUAGCUUGGCUGAGACUGCAGAGUUGGCUGAGACUGGAUGGAAGACUGGCUGUAGCUCUGUUGAAGUUGAGCGGCAACUUGACCAAGUCCCUGCUGAAUCUGGGCAAACGGCGUGGUUUGCUGGUAAGGAGACUGCUGGGCCGGCUGAACUGGUGGUGCUGGCUGGCCGCUGGUAUCCUUGCUGCGGAUAAGUUUGAGUUUGUUCUGAAGGCUGUGGUUGGUAAGCGGAUGGCUGGUACGGUUGUGCUGGCGGCGCAGGCGGAACCUGUUGCCCGUAAGUCUGAGGCUGGUACGGCUGUGCCUGAGGUUGUGCCGUACUUUGAGGCUGGCCCGCAGUUAGAGGCUGAUACUGCUGGGGUUGCUGGUAUUGAUAAACAGGUGGAGGUGCUUGUGUCUGUGCAGGAGCAGUGA